CAAAGGCGGUAAUGAUAGGACAUUUUGAAUUCAGGGGACUGUGGCUAGCUGCUAGCAGCACAGGACACGGGUUUGUUGUGGUAUGAGCUGCUAACUUCUCAAAGCUAACGCGAUGGCUUCGUAUAAUCAUUUAUUAAAACACAAUAAGCCUCGGCUUGAAUCUCCAGCCAAGGUGUUCGCGAAGCUGAAAUCCAGACUGCACAGCGAGGCGGCGUCCGCGAAGGAUCCGCAGUUCGCGGGCGACAAACAUGGAGCAGAAUUUCACUUGCCGAGGACGAGACAGAAGAGCUGCCGUGGAAUGAACGACGAGGAAAGCCACAGGCGUGGGACUUGUGCCAGAGAAAUACAGACACUGACGCUCUCACCCAUAUCGACUCCUGAGAAAAAAACAUGCUACCCUUUUUCAAACACCCACCCAGAAACCCACCCAGUAACUGGAUCUGAACACGCUUUUAUCUCGAGCACCGAACGCACGCCAAGAAAGAGAGCUUUCCUGGAGUCCACAGCCGUGUCUCAACCCCACAGAGAGCUGACCCACGUAGGGCCACGGCACAAUUCAGACCUGGAUGGAUUGAAAGUGUUCGGCAGAACUCCACGGAAGCUGCUGCGCGUGGGAAGUGACAGUGAGAGGGGUGUGUUUGAGGAGGAUCAUCAUGGUUCCCCGGACAAACUUCUGUCCCCAUCUACAAUCCUGUCCCCAUCUACAAUCCUGUCCCCAUCCACAAUCCUGUCCCCAUCCAAACUCCUGUCCCCAGUGAACCUGAGGUUUAGGAGGCGAACUAAGGAGCAGCAUGACCUGAACGAAGUCAGCAACAGCAGCCGUGUAAAAGAGGUCCACAGUGAAGUCACGAGUCAGCAACAAGACGUGAUGACAGCCACUGCAUGCCACGACAUCCACACCAUGGCUGACCGGUCAGUGGUGAAGCAGGAGACCCAUGAACCCAUGUUCCCACCACCAAAAAGCACUGCAGAAAAACGUUGCUUUGUUAUGAUGGACAAUAUCGCUGCAAUGUCUCCAGCCAAGAUGUUUGCCUUCAUGAAGGAGCGGGAAAGUCAAAUUAAAAGACAGCAGCAUCCGGAUGUUUGCGUCGUCAGGAGUGGCACAAGGGAGCUAUUCAAAGAUGAUAAUGAUCUACGUGAGGCCAGAGAGUUUCCUCUCCCCACACACUACGCUGUGGUUGAAAUGGAGGAGACUGCCUCUACAAGUGCCCCAGAAAGUGUGGCUGCUGUCAGCUGCUCCAGAGAAGAGUCAGCGGACGGCCCGUCAGAUUGUUCUGAGGACGUCCAAACCUACACUGCCCCGCCACGGGCGGUGUUGCUCGAAGACUCGCUCAUGCUCAAAUCACCACAGAUCUCCGUCCCCAAGAAACAGCCGGCUGUUUUCAAGCGCAACAAAUGGUCCCAGCAAACCAACUUCCCAAAUGACAGUGUCAUUUAUCUUAAAAACUGGUUCUUGAGGAAACAUCAUAAGGGCCUGUUUGUCGAUGGAACCCACAGGGAGGACAACAUACCAUGGAACAGCAACAUCAUCGUCGACAGGGUUUCUAACUCUGUGCUGAAGACCGUCUCCGGCACGAUUUAUAUUCUGGUCGGCAAGAUGACUUUGAGUGUUGACCCGGUGUUUCCCAAUUGGUUUUUGAAGAGGUUUGUCAGGGGUUUCCCUGCAAACUGGAGAGAGCUUUACGACAAGUUACUGUCAGAGUCAAGAGAUGACGCCAGCAGAGCAACAAAGAGGACCAGUGACAGAAAAGCCACCAAAGCCAAAACACAACCCGAGGCUUCCUCCAGUGUCCCUGAGAAGCAUCACAGACAAAUGCUUUUUAAGACGCCUAAUUCCUUUCCGUCUGUCGUCUCCACUUCUGCGAGAGUGUCUCGGAGUGGUCGGGUAAUAAAACCACCUCUGGAAUAUUGGAGAGGAGGGAGAGUCAUGCUGGACGCACACAUGAACGUUACUAUCCAUGAAUGUUAUGACACUUCAAUCUGCCUCCCUGAUGUCACGGAAAGAGUGUCUGCGAGCAAGUCACAGAAACCCGCCGGUGUGUUCGCGCCCCGCAGUGAAGGCCAAAGGCAAAGUGACUCGGCCUGCAACGACGCGCCAGUGCCACAGAGGAAGGUCAAGGCUCCACUUUGCAGGCCCAAGCGAGCCAGAGUUAUCCCUGAAGAGAAACCCUCGUCCGCUGUGGCGACAGAUAGCAGCCCUGAAGAGUUCUCUGGCAGAACAACAAGGUCCAGUAAGAGGUCUCCCGUUUUGGAAAGAACACUGUAUGUAGACACCGUCCCUCAAAAGCAAAGAGAACCUGAAAAGGCUAAAAGACGGACAUUGAAAAAACAGAUUAAUGACACAAAUGACCUUCCGGAGAGGAAGUCCAAACGGACUGUUCGAGCAUCGGCAGAAUCUCCCACUGUUACUGAUACAACUCUACAGCCAUGGACGUCAGAUGAUGAGUUUUCCGAGGAGAGGCAGAAGCAGGGGAGGAGAUACAACAGGAAGUCACAGCCCACGUCCCUGGGAAAGGCCAAGAAACCCAGAAAGGAAAAGGUUGAAGCGCCGCAAGAUCCAGUUACAGGGAGGAGAGGCAACAGAAAGUCACAGCCGAACCGAACGUCUCCAUCAAGUCAGACAUCGGAGUCUUCCGAGGAGAGCGAGAAGAGGGGAACCAGAAAACAAAAAGGCAAACGGGUGCAAACGCGCGCACAACAUAAACCGAGCAAAUGCUCUGAAAUGUCGCCGCCGCCGGUGCCUUUGCCCAAGUCGACAGCUCGCAGCAAAACGCACCAGGCGAGUAAACACAGCACGUUUGUCCUGCCAGAGCGAGAUGAAGACGAGUGGACCGAGGCUGAGCUCAUGAAGCUACAAGAAGCUGUGUCCUACUACCCGAAGCACGUGUCGGGUUAUUGGGCCAAGGUGGCGCAGAUGGUCGGAACGCGUUCAGCGGAGGAGUGCCACGGUCAGCACACGUCCCUGGGGAAAUCACAGACUCCUGUGAAGAAGGUCAGGAAACCCAGGAAGGAAAAGGUGGAAGCACCGAAAGAUCCAGUUACAGAUCAUCCUGUAAUAUCUGCCAAAGUGGGAACCUUGAAGAGGAAGCAGCAGGUGCGUCAGUUCCUGGAGGCCAUGCCCAGAGACGACGUAGACGAUGUUUUCAGCUCUGCGUACAUGCAGCAUAAACGCUUUGAGAUCCCCUCCAUGUGUCCAAGUGAAGACAAUUUCAGCGUGUCGGACAUGGAGCCCCUGACCCCCAUGAACAAGGUUUAUCCCGAGGUGAAGACGCCGCGGUGUUUGCACAUCACGCCUGGCAUGAUGUGCUCAAAAGACCGGGACAACGACGACAAGUACGCCUUUCAGCUCCAGAAAAGGACCAAAAAAAACCAGUUCAAGGUCUGCAAACCGACGCGUUCUUCAAAGAGAUUUACACCCAUGCCAUCAGUGAAACGAGCAAUGAAGAGAUGUGGUAACACAGAAAACGACACAUUUGCCGUUUGGGAGAUGUUCCCGGGAAAUGACUUGGCCAUGUCUGACAGCGAAGAUGAAGAGGAUUUUUACUUUGACACCGUGAACUGAUCAGUCUGAACUGACUUAUCAUAUCUUACAAAAAAAAAGAGAGAAACAUUCUGAAAUCAAUUAUGCUUUGUUUUAUUUGUCCAGUGUGAAUAAGAAAACAGUCCGGCUCUCCUGUCCCUGGGGAUUUACUGUAUUUUAAAAAUGAAAACUCUGGAUGUGAUCACUGUGUUGAUAUGUUGUUUAACAUUGUAGCACAGUCAGUUGUAACUAUUCCUUUAUUAAACGUUCUUUAAAUUUGUUUUUAUAGGGUUUAUUUGUAUUUCUUUAUUUAGGUAGGGCAACAAUUGUCCCGGUAAGUGGUAAAUUACAACCCUUUUAAGACUGUUUUUUUUCAGACUCGAGAACUUUCUUGUUUGUGUCAGGAAGAAAAAACUAAAUAUGAUCAAAUAAACCAUUUUAUGUAA